AUGGUGGCCGAACGCGUCGCUGCGGCGCCGCACGGGGUGCGGUUCCUCUUCGCCCUGCCGGCGGGCACAUCUCGGCCCGUUCUGGUGGCCUGCGAGAAGCUGGCAUCUCGCGUGGUGGACACGCGCCACGAGGCCACCGCCGUCUUCGCCGCCGACGCCGUGUCCCGGCUCUCCGGUCGCAUCGGCGUCGCCGCCGUCACCGCCGGCCCCGGCGUCACCAACGCGGUGACGGCCGUCAAGAACGCCCAGAUGGCCGAGUCCCCCCUGCUGCUGCUGGGCGGGGCGGCCGCCUCCCUCCAGAAGGGCCGGGGGGCUCUGCAGGACAUCGAGCAGCUCUCGCUCUUCCGGACCCUCUGCAAGGUCUGCGUGUCCGUGGGGACCGUGCGGGACAUCGUCCCCACCCUGCGCGGGGCCAUCGCCACCGCCCAGAGCGGGACCCCCGGUGAGGGACCCCAAAAAUAA